CCUUCUUCCACUCGCCCGCUCUCUCGCGCGCGCUCUCUCUCUCUCUCCUCUUUUCCCCCCUCCCUCCCUUCCUUCUUUCCCUCACACACACACGCGGGCGCGCGCACGGCCUCCUCCUCCUCCUCCUCCUCCCGGCCUUUCUCCCCGCAACCUACCCGGGCGGCUUCGUCGUCGUCGUCGUCGUCGUCGUCGGCGCCCUUCCCUCCGCCUCCCAGCCGGCCGCCAUGGCGAACGUAGCCGACACGAAGCUGUACGACAUCCUCGGAGUGCCGCCGGGGGCCUCGGAUAACGAGCUCAAGAAGGCAUACCGGAAGCUUGCCAAGGAGUACCACCCUGAUAAGAAUCCAAAUGCAGGUGACAAGUUCAAAGAAAUAAGCUUUGCCUAUGAAGUUCUCUCAAAUCCCGAGAAACGCGAAUUGUAUGACCGGUAUGGAGAACAAGGCCUCCGAGAAGGUAGUGGUGGAGGUGGAGGAAUGGACGAUAUUUUCUCCCACAUAUUUGGUGGGGGACUGUUCAGUUUCAUGGGUAGUCAGAGUAGAAGUCGCAACGGAAGAAGAAGAGGUGAAGAUAUGAUGCAUCCACUCAAAGUUUCUUUAGAAGAUCUUUAUAAUGGAAAGACUACCAAACUACAACUUAGCAAGAAUGUUCUUUGUAGUUCAUGUAACGGCCAAGGGGGUAAAUCUGGAGCAGUUCAGAAGUGCGCGGCUUGCCGAGGCAGAGGUGUGCGUAUCAUGAUCAGGCAGCUGGCUCCUGGGAUGGUUCAGCAGAUGCAAUCUGUCUGCUCCGACUGCAAUGGAGAAGGGGAAGUAAUUAAUGAAAAAGAUCGCUGUAAAAAAUGUGAAGGGAAGAAGGUGAUCAAAGAAGUGAAGAUCCUUGAAGUCCAUGUAGAUAAAGGCAUGAAGCACGGGCAGAGAAUCACCUUUACUGGAGAGGCCGAUCAAGCCCCCGGAGUGGAGCCAGGUGACAUUGUUCUCCUGCUUCAGGAAAAGGAGCAUGAGGUGUUUCAAAGAGAUGGGAAUGAUUUGCACAUGACGCACAAAAUAGGACUUGUUGAAGCACUGUGUGGCUUUCAGUUCACAUUUAAGCACCUUGACGGACGUCAAAUUGUGGUGAAAUACCCUCCAGGAAAAGUAAUUGAACCAGGCUGUGUCCGUGUUGUUCGGGGGGAAGGAAUGCCACAGUACCGCAAUCCCUUUGAAAAGGGAGAUCUUUAUAUAAAGUUUGACGUGCAUUUUCCUGAAAACAACUGGAUUAGCCCAGAAAAGCUUACGGAACUUGAAGAUCUUCUGCCUGCCAGACCAGAAAUCUCCAACAUAAUUAGUGAUGCAGAGGAGGUAGAACUUCAAGAAUUUGAUACCACUCGCGGUUCAGGUGGCGGCCAGAGGCGUGAAGCUUACAACGAUAGUUCUGAUGACGAAAGUGGCCACCAUGGACCUGGGGUGCAGUGUGCCCAUCAGUAAAAGUUUUGUCUGGGGGUGGGGGAGGGGGGAAGUUACACACGAAAUUUUCUUUUCAAAUUUUGCCUGACUUGUUUCCAGCAAUCCAGUUGGAUUGUGUGAGCAAUCCACAUGAACCCGAUGGACAUCUGUUGCUAUAUGUGUAACUUUUAAAUUGGUCCAUAGUAUCUACAGAGUGUAUAAUUUAAACUAACCACACAAAAAGCUUUUUUUUUCUACUGUUCUGUAGCAGAAUAAAGGCACUUGAAAGGAAGAUGAGAUUCUCUCCUUUUCACCUGGGUUAAGUUUCAGUCCUUGUACUUGUGCUUGAUUUUUACCAGUUUUUGUGUAGAUUUUAAGUUCUAUAUUUUAAAAAUUCAAAUUCUACAUUGUAAAGUUUUUGUGUAAAACUUUGUCCCGAGGCUUGGUAUUUGGCUGCACCUGCAUAAGCUGCUACAAUAGAAUAAAGAAUUUCAUAGCCUGUAUCUAUCACUUUAGAUGCAUGGUAAGUUAUUGGACUUGGCACACAGUGGGGUUAGAACUGAUGUGGAACCAUGGAAGAGAGAGAGAAAAUUAGAAGUGGUUGUAAAAGUUUUUUACCAUCUUGUGAAAGGUUUCUGAAACUAAAUAAAAGCCGUUGGUGUAUGAUGAUA